AUGAUAAAUAAAUCAGCAACAAUAAUUGCUCUCACUGCUAUCCUUAUUGUGAGCUCAUUUUUUGGAAUCACAAAACUUCAAAAUUCAAUAAAUAAUACUAAUAACAAUGAUCCAAUAGAUGAGUUUACUUAGAAUGCUGGGUACUAUCAACUAGAUUUCAUUGAAUCGUAGUUAUCUGAUGGUAGUUUUAGUGCUAUUUUGAAAUGGAUCCCUUCUCCUAAUGAGAUUGAAUUAAAAACAUCUCCAGUUAUUAGAGACUUAAGAGCAACUUUCCAAGUUGAUGCUAAUGAUGAAUGUGAGUUCAAAAUAACUGAUCUUAACAAUUCCAGAUUCCAUCUUCCUGAGAACGAACCAUAUCCUUAUACCAAAUAAAGAUACAGCAAAAAACAAAAAGAAUUUAAUUUGUUUGAGACAGAAAUCAGCUAAGUUGGAUAGAAAUUCUAUUUUGAAUUAAGAAGAAAGAGCACCCAAGAAGUUAUCUUCUCAACUAAAGACUAUCCUAUCUACUUUACUGAUAAGUAUAUUGAAGUUUCUACUUAAAUGAAAGACUCGAUGAUAUUCGGCUUAGGAGAUAGAAGAACAGAUUUCCUUCUUAAAUCAGGCAAAUACUCUUUAUGGGCUAGAGAUGCAGCUGAUGUUGAUAACGGAACCCCCGGAAAAGAAAUAUAUGGAUUUCAUCCUAUGUAUCUCAGAAGAGAUAUUAUAAACAAUUAAUUUUAAGUGACUCUUUUCAGAAACUAUUAUGGAAUGCAAGUUGAUUAUGAGCAGAAUUCACAUUUAACUUACAAAGUUAUUGGAGGAAAUAUUGAUUUUAAGUUUUUCAUAGGUGACUCUAAUCCAGAAACUUCAAUUAAGCUCUAUCACAAUUAUGCUAACGGGUGGAUAUUGCAUCCUUUCUGGUCUUCAGGUUUCCACUAGUGCAGAUGGGGUUAUCAAAACUCUGAUAUGCUCAUGGAUGUUUGGGAUAACUUUAAUAAGUAUGGAAUUCCUUUUGACUCUCUUUGGACUGAUAUUGAUUACAUGUACUAAUAUUAAGACUUCACAAUUGACUUUGAAAGAUUCAACAUUACUCAAAUGCAGCAAAUCUACAAUUUAUCUGACAGCAGAGGUGUACACUGGAGUAGUAUAAUUGAUGUAGGAAUCUCUUUAGACAGCUACGCUGCUCAAAAAGGACUAGAUAUGAACGUGUUCAUUAAGAGUGCUAAAACAAACGAUACUUUGGUUGGUAAAGUUUGGCCAGGUGAAACUUAUUUCCCUGAUUUUAACCAUCCAAAUUCAACAGAAUUUUGGUAUGAGGGUUUGAAAAAUGUCUCCAGCUUCGGAAUCAUCUAAGAUGGUAUUUGGAUCGAUAUGAAUGAAUAUUCUAAUUUUGUUAAUGGAGAGAUUGUUCCAGAUUAAAAUAAAAAAACAAAACCAUUUUUAACUUCUGAUUUGUCUUCUUCUUUGCCUUUCAAUCCUUUAGGUGAUUAAGAAAUUGAGUACCACACUCUCUCUUUAGAUGCUUAUCAUUAUAGUGGAUAGGAUGGUAUUUUGUAUAACUCAACUAACGGCUACAUUCCAACUUAAUACGAUUUGCAUAAUCUUGAUGGAUUUGGUGAAGGUAUAGCUACCUAUAAAGCAGCUUAAAAACUAGGCAAAAAACUUACCUUUAUUCUUUCUAGAUCUACUACUGUUGGUAGUGGAAAAUAUGUCUAGCAUUGGAAUGGUGAUGGAUUUUCAACAUGGGAGUAUAUGAAAUUAAGUAUCCCUUCUAUUAUGAAUUUUAACAUGUACGGCAUUCCUUUUAAUGGAGAUGAUAUUUGUGGAUUGAUGUUCAAUGCUACAGCUUAAAUAUGUGCUAGAUGGUAAUAAUUGGGCUCUUUGUAUCCUUUUGCAAGAAAUCACAAUAAUGCUGAUGCUUCUUCCUAAGAGCCUUAUGUGUUUGUAGACCAUCCCUAUGUACUUUCUUCUACCAUAAAAACUCUUAAUGUUAGGUAUUAACUUUUGAAAUUCUAUUAUCAUUUGUUUGUUAAGGCUAAUGGAGUUGGAACUAUAUUUAGGCCUUUAUUCUGGUCAUAUCCUAGCGAUGAUAAUGCAUACUAAUAUGAAACUUAGUUUAUGAUCGGAGAUUAUCUUAUGGCUGCUCCAGUAGUAGAGGGUGGUGAUGAAAUUAAGGAAACUACACAUUCUUGUGUCUAUAUCCCAAAGUAGGCUGUCUUUUAUAGUUUUUAUGAUUACACUGAAUACUAGGAAGGUGAGCACUGUUAUGAAGUUCCUUUUGACUCAGUUUUACCCCUUUACAUAAAAUCUGGUAAAAUCUUGCACAUAUAAGAUAAAAAUAAAGUUUUAAGAAGCAGAUUCCUUGAUAAUAGAUUUAGUCUACUGAUUGCUUUAGAUUAAAAUAAUUAUGCAGAGGGUUCUAUGCUUACAAUUGACGACUAUAACAACGACGAAAAUAUCAUUUCUAACUGCGUUGAGCAACAAAAUUGUAUUGUAGACAUUAAGGCUUAAGGCAAUAUGGGUGAAGAUAAUUCAUCAUUUACUGUUGAUCUCAGAAUACAAAAAGAAAAGAUUAAUACAAACUUCUAAACUGUUAUUAUUGAUAAGAUAGUAGUUAUAGGAAUUAAAGUUGAUGGUAAAUCUUAAUCAAAGACUAUUUUCUUGGAAGAAAAUCCUUUAAUAGUUGAUGGAGGUGAAAUAUAAUUAGACUUAUAGUUCUAAAUAUGA